CAGAAGCAACAAUGUUGUUGUUAAUUGGAGCUAUUUUAAAACUCAGCCCUGAUCUGUGUUAUAAUAGGAAUAUUCUUUAUGUAAUAGUGUAGUUUGCUUAUCAAUUAGAUGAAAUUGUUAGUGAGUUAAUGUGCUCAAAUGUUGUCCAACUGUUUCUUGAUGUUUAGUAUUUCAUUAGUGUUUAACUGGACUGUACAUUCUUCUAAUACAGAGGACGGAUCAGGAAAUGGUGAACAUGGUCCCAAGAGCAUGCACGAUAUCAAUCAGGCGACGUCCCAUCUUUCGACUACGACAAAUCUCUUCCCGACCAGUUCCAGUACUUUAUAUCAAACAUCUACGACUGGCUCUUCAAUGGUGGGACAUACAACGUCGCAUAUUCUUCCGGUUGCGACUUCUGCAACUAUCGAAGACGGUAAAACAACACCUCAGUCAUUACGGCUUGCCACCAACCCAGUUACUACUACAUCUGCCGAUAUCGAAGACAGUAAAACAACAUCUCGGUCAGUACGGGUUACAGCCAACCAAGAUACUACUACAGCUGCCGAUAUCGACGACAGUAAAACAACAUCUCGGUCAAUACGGGUUACAGCCAACCAAGAUACUACUACAGCUGCCGAUAUCGACGACAGUAAAACAACAUCUCAGACAUUACGGCUUGCCACCAACCCAGUUACUACUACAUCUGCCGAUAUCGAAGACAGUAAAACAACAUCUCGGUCAAUACGGGUUACAGCCAACCAAGAUACUACUACAGCUGCCGAUAUCGACGACAGUAAAACAUCAUCUCAGUCAUUACGGCUUGCCAUCAACCAAGCUACUACUACAACUGCCGAUAUCGAAGACAUUAAAACAUCAUCUCAGUCAUUACGGCUUGCCAUCAACCAAGAUACUACUACAACUGCCGAUAUCGAAGACAUUAAAACAUCAUCUGAAUCAUUACGGCUUGCCAGCAACCUAGAUACUACUACAACUACCGAUAUCGAAGACAUUAAAACAUCAUCUGAAUCAUUACGGCUUGCCAGCAACCUAGAUACUACUACAACUGCCGAUAUCCAAGACAUUAAAACAACAUCUCAGUCAUUACGGCUUGUCAGCAACCAAGAUACUACUACAGCUGCCGAUAUCGAAGACAUUAAAACAACAUCUCAGUCAUUACGGCUUGCCAGCAACCAAGAUACAUGUACUACUACAACAGCCGAUAUCGAAGUCGUUAUAACAACAAUAAGUACACAAAAACAUCUUCCACCAACGUCAACUUUAACUACACACAUAACAAGCUCAGCCGGGCCAUCAACAACGUCAAAGUGUUUAGACGAACGGGGCUGGAAUCUUCUAGGAACUGACUGGGGUUGCUGUGGAAACUACGAGGGCUGCUGUACAUACGCUUCUUUUAUUUGCUACAUCCAUGAUGCACUUUGCAGGUGCUGUGACGUUGGUAAAAGCUUCUGUGGUCCACGCUGUAAACCAGAUCGUUCUUGCACACACUAUGCCGAUGUUGUAACACAAGGAGACGAAAUAGUACAGACUGUAAGCAACAGCGAUGAAGAUAUGGAUAAAUCAGACCACGGAGAACUAAGUGAGCAUUUUAAUCCAAAAUCAGAACCGCCAAAUAGCGAUACAGUUAACGAAACGGCGAUUAAUGCGAACAAUAGCUACACAAGUAAUGCAGUUAAAUCGACAAAACAUGAUGACAGUGAGGAUUUCAAAAUUGAUCAGGUUGAACAAGCAUUAGAUGAUAAAAAAUACAAAAACCAAAUACCAGGUAAUGAGACAUUUAUCGAAACGGCAAUUACUGCAAGCAAUAGCUACACUAGUAUUGCAAAUAAUUUGACUGACCAUGACAGUGAGCAUUUAAAUAUUGAGCAGCUUGAACAAGCAUUAGAUGAUAUAAAUUACAAAAACCAAAUUCCAUAUGAUGAGACGUAUAUGGACAUAGAAAUGUUUGAAGAGGCGACAAACGUACUUUUUAACCAUAAUAAAACAGAUACGUCUAGUACAUGGAGUAAAGACAAUCAUCUUAGAAACAAUUUGACUACGUCAGAUAAUGUGGAAACAGACGGCAGUGGAGAAUCUGCGGACGAAAUUCUUGGACCAUGAUGUUUACCAUUAUGAUCGUAUCAUAGGAUAAAAAAUGCAAAAGUCUCAGUAUGGGAAACACGGGAAAACAUUGAAGUCGAAAACUAAACACACGCAAUAAAUACCAGUGGUAUUUAUAUUAAAUUUGAUUUCACGUUUAAAAAUACACAUGUAAUAACAGCGGGGGUGGAGGUAUGGAAACAUAGUUUUUGAGUUCAUUGGAACACAUUUUCCAUCGGUAUACGUUGAUCUUCACAAUAAAAUACAAAAUAUGUAUAUAGUCUUUAGGUGCAUUUUUGUUUUGUAUUAACAACAUAUUUGUUUGUAAUUGAUUUUGGCGCCUCUUCUUCGAGACAA